AUGGUAAAGCUGCUGCCCGUGGGAAACUUCGUGCUCCAGAAUGCAACAACCAAUACUAUCCAGGCCAGAUGGAUGCAAGUCAGAGGUGCCUCCGGAUACCGGCUGACGUGGGAGUCUUCAGAAGGCAGCAUUCAGAACGUGAACUUGGGUGGCACUUACAGCUACUACAGGAUCCAGGGGCUCCAGCCAGGCAACGAGUACGUCGUCACGGUCAAUCCGGUCUUUGGCGCCAUUGAGGGACCGAUAGUCACUGCGAAGGCAACAACCUUGUCGUCCAGCACCAUGCAGAUUUUGAAAGCAACCGAGGUCACCAUCAGUUCUGUGCUGGUUUCCUGGAACUCAGUGCCCGGGGCGACUGGGUACCGGGUGACAUGGGGCCCAACUCCAGAGUUCUUCGGAAGAGACCGGCCCCAGCAGCUUGCUCUGAACAGCUCCAGUACAGAUUAGCCGCUGCAAAAUUUGGCUCAUAACACGGAAUAGAUUUCGGUGUAUGUCCUUUUUGGUUCGGUAGAGGGUCCGGGGAUCACCAUUACUGCGAGGACCUCUCCUCUGGGCUACGUGACUCAUUUCAAGGCAACCUCUUCCACGAGCACCUCCAUCUCUCUGUCCUGGAGUGCUGUCCCUGCAGCCAACCAAUAUAAGAUUGUCUGGAAACCAUCUGGAACGAAGAAAGGCGCUGCUCAGAGCCGUCUCCUAGACAGCGGAGUGCUUGCUUACCGCCUGGAAAACUUGCUGCCUGAUACCCAGUACACCAUUGGGAUUUGUGCUGUGUUUGGAGCUUCCGAUGGAAGAUUAGUCACCCUUACUCAAGGCACAGGAUCUCGUGGGAACCUCUCUGUUCCCCUUCCAGUGGUUCCAUCUGAACCUAUUACAACAAGAUUCCUGCCAUUGAGUUCAAGACAAUCCACUCCUCCAGCAGCCACCUCUCUCAAGCCAAGAAUCACCUCCGCACCACAGCAAAGAUCCCUAAGGCAAACAGCACCGCCAGCUACCACACCUGGCCCAGUCUGCAGCAAAUCCAAAGCAGACAUUGCCUUUCUGGUGGAUGAAUCGUCGAGCAUCGGCCAAAGUAACUUUGCCAAAAUAAAGGACUUCCUCUUCCGCAUCGUCUCUUAUUUCCCCAGAAUUGGGCCUGAAGGUACACAGAUUGCUGUAGCUCAGUACAGCGAGGAGCCCAGGACGGAAUUCCACUUUAACCGUUACAGGGACAGGAAUGGAGUUUUGAAAGCUCUCAAGAGACUCCGCUAUGCUGGCGGAAACACAAAAACCGGUAGGGCCAUCGGCUACGUCUUGAAAGAGAUAUUCCAAGCCUUCAAGGGGAUGAGACCCUCUGUGUCCCGCACCCUGGUGCUGCUGACGGAUGGACCAUCUCAGGACGAUGUUGUGCCCCCAGCCAAAGUGGCCCACCUUAUAGGGAUCCGCAUAAUCGCUGUGGGCAUUUCAGGGGCCGAUCCGGAAGAACUGAAAAGAGCCUUGUUGCAUCGGAACUUGAACAACCUGUUCUACGCCAGCACUUUUGACGAUCUCCCGCUGAUCCUCAGGGAGCUCAUAGAAACCAUUUGCUCUGGGUCCCAGCAAGUGGUUGCCACGCCACAGGAAAGCGGGGAGUUGAAUAAGGUGGAAGUUCUGCUGGAUGCAAAGAGGGCAGCACCCGUCUCCAGUUCCUCUUCAGUUCCCCUGAUGGUUCAGACCCCGCAAGGACCAUGUGACCCAAGGUGCUCAAAAGCACAGAAAGGGGAGAAGGGAGACCAAGGCCCACCUGGAGAUGUGAGCUUCACGGGUCUUCACGCAGGAGGGGGCUACGACCCGUUUAGUUUCACCACCAAGGGGGAAAAAGGAGAGCGGGGACUUCCUGGGAAGGAUGGGAUUCCCGGAUUGCCUGGCAGGCCUGGACGAACUGGUCCCCCUGGUUCCCCUGGACUCAUGGGUCUCCCUGGCAUUCAAGGUGAUCAUGGGCCUCCAGGAUAUCCAGGACCUCCGGGGCCAAAAGGAGAUAGAGGAGAAUCGGGCUAUGUGCUAGGGGGUAUGGAGGUCAUUCCAGGGCAAAACGGAUUACCCGGACCGCCUGGUUACAAGGGGCAGCCAGGAGUUCCCGGAGUGCCAGGACCACCGGGUUUGCCCGGACUCCCCGGGCCGCAGGGACCACCUGGAUUGUCAGUCAAGGGUGAGCCAGGAGACCCUGGGGUCAGGGGACCUCGAGGGAAGAGCGGCGUCAAGGGAGAGAAAGGAGAAGCCGGAGAGUUGGGGAAAUCUGGCUUACCUGGCCCAAUAGGGCUGGAUGGUACUCCUGGAGCUACUGGACCAAAAGGUGAAAAGGGUGAGGUAGGACUUGGCCUUCCAGGGACCCCUGGUUUAAAGGGAGCAGAAGGAGACAAGGGGGCAACAGGCCUUCCUGGAUCCCAAGGACAGAAGGGUGAACAAGGCAUGCCAGGCGCAGAAGGACCAACAGGUUUGAGGGGCAAAAAAGGCCAAGAUGGUAUCAAAGGAGAAAAGGGAGAGCGUGGAGAGGCAGGGGUGAAGGGUCUUCAAGGAAUUGCGGGUCUUCCAGGUCCUGUUGGGCCCAAAGGAGACCAAGGCAUCCAAGGAUUUCCUGGUGCUCCAGCUAUGGGUGUGGUGGGACCUUCAGGCAAGAAAGGUACCAGGGGGGAUUUGGGGCCAGUUGGCCCCCCAGGUCCAAAAGGAGACCCAGGGGACCAAGGAGAAAAGGGGGAGAAGGGAAGCCCGGGAUUUGGCAUUCCAGGACAGCUGGGGCUGAAGGGCGAGCCAGGAGAAAGGGGAAACGUUGGCUUGUCUGGGAAGCCAGGGCAAAAGGGAGAAACUGGUCCAAAAGGUGAGAAAGGUGAGCAAGGACCGUCCGGAAGACCUGGGGUGCCCGGCCUAAGAGGUAAAGAUGGGGAAGCAGGCACUCCUGGUGAGACUGGAGAGAGAGGAAUUCGGGGUCCUUUGGGUCUGCCAGGACGUCCCGGAGAGCGAGGGAUGAAAGGAGAGGCGGGAGAAACGGGCAAGGAUGGAGCCGGCGGAGAGAAAGGAGACAAGGGUGAAUCUGGACAGCCUGGCCCCCCUGGAACUCCUGGAAAGACCGUUCUUCCUCUGGAAAGCAACAUUGCCGUCAAAGGAGAGAAGGGAGACCCUGGGCCACCUGGUAAAGGAACAGACUUCAAGGAUUUGGAAAUGGUCUUUGAAGCUUAUGGAAUCAAGCUGGCGCUGUUGAAGGAGCUGUCUGACCUGCUUCUACGGGACGGGGUUGAGCUGGUGAGCCAGCAAGUGGCCGGCUCUAGGAAGGGGAAGGGGAAGUCAGCCAAGAAGAAGCAAGGCUCUAAGCAGACCACGGGUGAUGUGCAGAGCCCACGGAACUCUGAUGUUCCCAGCGAGCAUCUAGCUAGCACCACCGAAGUGUCCCGAGAAGAGCUGAGCAUCGAUUUGGAAUCCCCAGUCACAGAAGCUGAGGAAUAUCUCUUGCCUCCCCCCACUUCCCUGCCUGCCACUCUUGCUCAGACCGUUGCAGAUCUGAAGAUUGUGACAACUGCUAGCCACAAUCCUGGUGACAACGUGGUGUCAGAAGUGACAGCCAACCACACAGGCCUGUGGGAGCUGGAUGCUGAGAAAGCCAAGGACAAUCCGGACAGACAGAGCACAACUCUGCCUCAAAGGACGAUGGAAGAGGACUCUUUGGAGCAGGCAGGAGCUACUGAGGCUUCCACCUUGGUGACCCAGGAUGGAGUUUGGUCUCUGGAAGAGACAUCUAAUAUCCCCUAUGACACCCAAAAAGAGAUUAUUCUGUUUCUUCAGGUAGAACAGAGCUCCCUUCAUCUUGAUCCAGAGUCUCAUCUCCACUCGCUAGAGAAUGCACCACAUCAGAUAACAGAGACCUCAGAAAAGAUGAAGACAGAUGGAGACCUAUUCAGUGUAAGCACUUCCUCCAGAACUCAAUAA